GUCGGCCACACACAGGUACACAGGAUACAAGAGGACGAGAGACAGAGAACAGCCACUGGUUGCUCAGUUGCACUCAAGCUUUUCAAAGGAGGGCACUGACAGCCUGCCCUAUGUGUGGCUCCUCUCAAGGCUUCACAGCCUCCUCCUCUCAGUGCACCGCAGUCAUGUUAACCCCAGAAAGGUCACCGCAAAGCUCAGGGAUCAUCGCGGCAGCGAUGCCGGAGACCCAGGACGUAGACGUGACGUCGUGGAGCGAGGCAGACUUCGAAGAGAAGUGCACUUACAUCGUGAAAGACCAACCUCUGGAGGAAGAGUCUGUCAACGACAGCAGGACACGGGCUGAGAGAUCCUUACCCAGAAACCUGGCCCUAAAACGGGGCUGCAACACAACAGCAGAGGUGCUGGGGGUGACCAGCAAGGAGCUGAUUCCUAAGGGGACACGUUUUGGCCCUCUGGUGGGGGAGAGCUACACCAAUGAAACGCUGCCAAAGGAUGCUGACAGGAAAUACUUCUGGAGGGUCUUCUCAGAGGGGCAUUUACACCACAUCCUGGAUGGUUUGAACGAGGAACGCAGCAACUGGAUGCGCUACGUCAACCCAGCCUGCGCUGUGGAGGAGCAGAACCUUGUUGCCUGCCAGAACGGUCUGGACAUCUACUUCUACACCAUCAAACCACUUCAGCCGGGGCAGGAGCUCCUGGUCUGGUACUGCCCUGACUUCGCCCAGCGCUGCAACUACCCUCCACUGGGCCAGCUGACGAUCGACACUAUUGAACAGGGUCAAUCUCAGGAGAAGAAGACAGGAAAAAGAGGACACAGCGUUUCUGAAAUCCUCAGAGACGACCCUUCCAAAUCCACCUGCUCCGGACGUCUGAACAGUCCCUUGCCUCCGACCAACCUCCCAGGGGUUUUCCCCUUGUGUCCCCGUGUUGUCUACCCAAUCCAGCCCCAGUCGGAAUCCGUCCAUGGCCAUAGAUAUGCAACUCUACCAUCUCUGCCAUCCAGUAGCCCUUUAGCUGCCAAAAGGCCAGUUCUAAGUAGCCCUGUCCCAGCCGGUUUGCACUUCACCCUUCAGCACAGUCAAGGCCCUGGCAUUGCCAAACCUUACCAGGAGGCCUCUGUGUCUGAUCGAGUCCAUCCUGCUCUGAGGCAUGCUCCCUAUCUACUGCCUCACUACUCAUCUGGCCUAAACAGCAUUCUACCUCAUUCAUACCCACUUUACAGUGAUCGACUGAAGCCUCACUUAACACUCUCGUCUCAUUUCCUGCCUUAUGACGGCUAUGCACACUUCCUCCAUCCUUUGGCCAAUGGACACAAAGACUUGACACUUGCACUAUCUGACACCAAACGAGACCUCAUCCUGUCACCAACCGGCGGGCACAAAGACAACAAGAACCUCAUAUCCAAAAGAACAAACUACCUCAGGAUCCCCUCAUCUGACCUCAGAGAUUUCAAACACUCUCCCCUCAGCAAUGCAGACCUCACUACGCCCGCUGCAUCCAGUGCCUCACCGAUGGUCACGUCACUCCGCCGAGCGCUGCCCUCCCAUGCACCCGGAGGAAGCUCACCGCCAGUGGGCAUGGCCGCCUUUUCAGACCGCCUCCCUUCCAAACCCACCUCUGCCACACAGAGCAACACAGAGGAUGCCAUGGACCUCAGGAAGACCAAACAAGGGGGGCAGAUUAUUGGCUACAAGACUCUGUCGUACCCCCUCACCAGGCAGAAUGGAAAGAUCCGGUAUGACUGCAAUGUAUGUGGAAAGAUCUUUGGGCAGCUGUCCAACCUCAAGGUCCAUCUGCGAGUGCACAGCGGAGAGCGUCCCUUCAGGUGUCAGACCUGCAAUAAGAACUUCACACAGCUGGCCCACCUGCAGAAACACUACCUGGUCCACACAGGAGAGAAGCCUCAUGAAUGCAAGGUUUGCCAUAAGCGGUUCAGUAGCACUAGCAACCUGAAGACCCACCAGCGGCUGCACUCAGGUGAGAGGCCUUACCAGUGCAAGCUCUGCCCGGCCCGCUUCACCCAGUUUGUCCACCUCAAGCUCCACAAACGCCUCCACACCGGAGAACGACCUCACCGGUGUCCCCGCUGCCCCUGCGCCUAUCUCCACUUCUGCAGCCUCCAGGUGCAUCUCCGAGGCUUCUGCCCCCUCUCACCCUCCGCCUCCACCGGACACUCGCCGGAGGAGCUACAUCGAGUCAAUGCCGAGAUUGAGAGGUUCGAUGUGAGCGAGGCGGCAGAGCAGCUCGAGGCCAUGGCUGCAGAGGCAGAGAUGGACACGGGGAAUGUCAUUGAGCUCAUAAAAAAGAUGGAGACUCAUAACUCCAGUACCAGAGACAACUCUGAGCUGAGCAUCUACAAGGCAAACGAGUGUUCUGCCGUUCAGCUGCCUCAUGGCAGCCCUCUACCUCUAAAUCCAACCAGCAUCAAGCUGGAGUCAGGCUGCAUAUCAGAGCCCUAAGACAGCCUUGCUAAUCCAGCCAUAUAAUCCUUACAGGUCAACUCAGCAGCUGUCUGUUACUGCCCUAUUUGAAGUAAAGCCUUGUCUCAAUCAUGGACUGCCUAGCCUACACUCUACAGUUGUAUGUGAAGAAUCAAGAUGUUACCAGCACGGCCUGGGACCAAGGACUUGAUUUAAUUGAUUUAAUGCAUAGUUAAUUUAUUCCGUUGCUAAUAAUGAUCUAAAAUGUGUAAAAGAUUUGAGAUCUGAGAUUUCCUGCACUUUGUUUUGUAUCUCUGCACCAUUUUCAUGGAACAACAACUAAACAUGUCAUCAUGCAUAAAAAAGUUUGCCCUUAGUUGUGGUUUCAACAUGAGUGUUUCUGUUUGGCAUGGCUCUGUAGCGUCAGUGAGCUAAGUGCCUCUGUUUGUGUGGUACAUGUAAACUGGCUUGGGGAGUUAGUGACGUAGAUAAACAUCCUGUUAUGAGUCUUGGGAUGUUCACCACUGAGAAGUGUGAACUCAUAAGCCUGGAAAAAAAAAAAAAAAACCUAAAAUCAUGUUCACUUUUAAAAAUAUCCUUCGUCUAAUUUUUAGGCUUACGCUUGCAUAAUAAAAGUUUCAGUAUUAAUCAGGUGACAGACAAUAAACCCACAACAAAUGACUGUACAGCUAUAAAACUAGACCUACUAAUAAAACAACACACAGUCUGACUGUAAAAGAAUCAGAAUGACUUUUACCCAUCAUAAAUUUGCGGCAGAAGGCCUGUCUUUCCGUGCACUGGUGUUCUGUGAUCCUCAAAUUACAACUUAAAAGGGUGUCAGGUGGCGUAUUGUUCAAAGUGGCCGUCAAAUGAUGAGACAACUUUCAGAGCAUGCAUCCUCAAUGGUGAUGACACACUCCUGAUCAGGUCACAGCGUGCCUACCACCUGCUGUGGGGCUACGAUAGAAUGGAAGAAGACAGUCCCAACAGGAAAAAAAUGUUCUGUUAAAGGUGCAUUAUGUAGUUUUUAAUCAGAAGAGAAAGAGCUUCUGACUGAAUUUUUAUGCCAAAAAACAGAAAUAAACAAACUCUUUGUUUUCAUGACUGAAUAAACUGAAUAAACAAACUGAGUUUAAAGAGCAACACAGUUUCAUAAUGUUUUAAUUUGUUUAUAUUUGGCAG